AUAGGUAAUCCAUUUAAUGGCAGAAUACAAGAAACAAAAAAAUAUAUAUUUACAAGAACAUAAUGGAGAUACAAAAGCAAGAGGCACAACAGUCUCCUUCAAAGAGGCUUAUGGAUAAGGUGGCAGUAAUCACUGGUGGUGCAAGAGGAAUAGGAGCAGCCACAGCAAAAUUGUUUGCAGAAAAUGGAGCACAUGUUGUGAUUGCUGAUGUUCUUGAUGAUCUUGGUGCCUCACUAGCUCAAUCCAUUGGUGGAAGAUUCAUACACUGUGAUGUGUCAAAGGAAGAAGAUGUUGAAUCAGCCAUUAACCUUGCUCUUUCAUGGAAGGGACAUGUGGACAUUAUGCUAAACAAUGCUGGGAUUGGAGCCAUUGAUGGAAGCAUUACAAGCCUUGACAUGGAACAUGUGAAACACUUGUUAUCCAUAAACCUCAAUGGAACCAUACAUGGAAUCAAACAUGCUGCAAGAGCAAUGAUUAAAGGCCAAAAGGGAGGGUCCAUCAUAUGCACCUCAAGUGCUGCAGCCAUCAUGGGUGGUUUGGCUUCACAUGCUUACACUAUGUCUAAAGCAGCAAUGGAUGGUUUGGUGAGAAGUGCUGCUUGUGAGUUGGGAGUGCAUUUGAUAAGAGUGAAUAGCAUAUCACCACAUGGGGUUGCCUCAGAGAUGCUUCUUAGUGCUUUCAAGAGGUUUGAGAAGGUUGACAUCACCCUUGAAGAGUUGAAAGGGCAUAUUGGGAAGAGGGCAAGUUUACUUCAAGGGAAAGGUGCAACUGCAGAAGAUGUUGCACAUGCUGCACUGUUCUUGGCUAGUGAUGAAUCUAGCUUCAUAACAGCACACACUUUCCCAAUUGAUGGAGGAUACACUUCUGCUGUUAGUCACAUGAGUUUCAUCUACCAAGAUCCAAAGUGAUCAUGAAAAAGGAAUUCAACAAAUUCAAGUUGAAUUAGAUUUUAAGUUCACAUUAUUGUACUUUAUAUGACUAUGUUCUUAUAAUCAGGUAGUUAUAGAGCAGCAAUUAAUUUGUAUUUGUGUAAUUUCAAAGUCAUAAGUUUAAGUUAUGAAAUUAAUCACUCGUGUAAUUAUUAGAUUAGACUGUCUACACUUUUCGGAGUACGGCUCUUUUCUGAACUCCA